UGACGAACUGAUUCCCCGACAGAUUCUACUUGCCCCCAUUAAAUGCUAGCUAGCUAGUAUUCUAUUGGCAGUUAUUGCUUCAACUCUCAAGCAACCGUCGAAGAUCUAUCACCGCAACCUGUACGCUAGGAUUUUGAGAAUCUUGGAUUUAAGCCCAUUGGUCAUAUUAACUCCUCUCCAGAGUUCCAUGUGUUGUACUCAUUCCCCACAAGCCAGGCAGGUGACCAACCAGAUUCUAUUUUUAAAACUGCAGGUAGAGGGGCUUAUGAACUGCAAACCUACUCAAUAUAUAUAACCGUUUCUCCGAUCCUAUCACCACAAAGUCAGAGACGAGAUCGCUGUUCUUUUCUCAAUUUCCUUCAAAAUCUUUCUGCCUUCUCCGUCGACCAACCAUGGUUUCUGCAGAUGCUGUUCGAACCGCAGUUGGUAUUUUAGGAAACGGUAUUUCACUUGCCCUGUUCUUGUCACCAGUGCCAACUUUUGUUCAGAUAUGGAAGAAGGGAUCAGUUGAGCAAUUCUCGCCAGUUCCAUAUCUAGCGACCCUUCUUAAUUGCAUGCUCUGGAUCGUGUAUGGGCUUCCACCUGUGCAUCCCCAUAGCAUACUAGUCAUAACCAUUAAUGGCGCCGGCUUCAUUAUCGAGCUGGCGUACGUGUUCCUCUUCCUACUCUACUCUGAUAGAAGAAAGAGGAUAAGAAUUCUAGCAAUGAUGCUUGUGGAGUUCGCGUUCGUGGGUGCCAUAGCUGUUCUGGUUUUGACGCUAGCUCACACUCAUGAUCGUCGAUCUCUGAUUGUCGGGAGCUUCUGUGUAUUCUUCGGGACUCUGAUGUAUGCUGCACCUUUGUCGAUCAUGAAACUAGUCAUUACGACUAAGAGCGUGGAAUACAUGCCAUUUUUCCUGUCCCUGGCCUCCUUUGCCAAUGGUGUUUGCUGGACCAUUUAUGCUCUCGUCCAUUUCGACCUUUUUAUCAUAAUUCCUAAUGGUCUGGGGACAUUGCUGGGGCUGGCUCAACUUAUAUUGUACGCCACGUUCUACAAGUCUACUCAGAGAUUGAAGGAGUCAAGGAAAAGCAAAGAAGACGAGUUGGGCUUGACAGAGUUGGUUGUCAUUAAUGGAGACUCUAAGCAGAUUGUCACUGCACCUCACACCGAUCAGAAUGCUCCCGCUUCUGAUAUCCGGGAGAUGUGAUCGAUCUACCACCAGCCAUCUGAUCCCCAUAUGGGUCCUACAUACACUAGUACAUUAAUGAUUAAUUACAGUCUGUUACUGUUUCUUUUCUUUUCUUCCGUUUUUUACCUAUACCCUGACCUGGGAGUUCUUCCCUGCUGCUGCACUCUCUGUCUUGUCACCUUCAUUUUUUGUUGGGGUUCUUGUGAGGUCGAGCAAGCUUACAUUUUCUGCCACCACGUACGAGUGCAGAAAAAUUUCAACUGCCCAAUAAAAACUGAUAUGAUCCUAGUUGAUUUUACAAGACAUAGGGUAAUCCUAUUUUUCGGUUUGGAUUGCUA